AUAAUUUUAAAGCGCGCCUCGGGACUGUCCAUAAUUUUAAAGCGCGCCUCGGGACUGUCUAAAAUUAUGGACAGUCCCGAGGCACGCUUUAAAAUUAUGGACAGUCCCGAGGCACGCUUUAAAAUUAUGGACAGUCCCGAGGCACGCUUUAAAAUUAUGGACAGUCCCGAGGCACGCUUUAAAAUUAUGAAGCGUGCCUCGGGACUGUCCAUCAUUUUAAAGGGUGCCUCGGGACGGUCCAUCAUUUUACAGGGUGCCUCGGGACUGUCCAUCAUUUUAAAGGGUGCCUCGGGACGGUCCAUCAUUUUACAGGGUGCCUCGGGACUGUCCAUCAUUUUACAGGGUGCCUCGGGACGGUCCAUCAUUUUACAGGACAAGGCACUCUUUAAAAAUUAUGGGUAGUCCUGAGGAACCCUUUAAAAUUAUGGACAGUCUUGAGGCAGCCCAUUCUGAAAUAGGGUGCCUCAAGACUGUUCAUAAUUUUAAAAGGACUCCCCAUUCUAACUUAUGAGAAACUAUUCUAAUAGUUUUUAUAAUGCAGCAACAUCCACACUUGUAGGACACCCAACAUUAGAGGUGAUUUUUUAACUAAAAGGCAGGCCUGUCCACAAACUGGCUUGUUUACAAGUUUUGGGCAAU